UGUACGGAUAAAUAUCAUUUGUCCCAAAAACUUGUAAAAAACUAAAAAGAGCUGGACAGUGAGUUCAUGGAAGAAACUAAAUAUGUGAGUUUGAAACUUCUGAUAGACACAGAAAGAGAAAGAGUGCUUUUUGCAGAAGCGGGCAAGGAAUUCAUCGACUUCCUCCUUAGCAUUCUGGAACUGCCGCUCGGAACUUUCAUUCCGCUUUUCGAAAAGCAAGGAAUGGUGGGCAGCUUCGGAAACAUUUACCACAGCAUUGACAACUUAGGUACUGUUUACCUUCAACCAAACGUGAACAAAGAGACUCUCCUGAAACCCAAACUACACAUCUCUGGUGGUGGUGGUGGUGGUUCUGGAGUCCCACUCAAAUCGCCAGACUUCGCAUCAUCUGCGAAAUCCAGGAAAUUGUAUAGAUGUUCUACAGAAGAUGUCAACAAAUAUCGCCCAUCUACAAGUUGUAAUCUUCAUGUGGCUUAUCAUGACUUCAGUACCUGUCCUUCCUGCCAUUGGUCUAUGAACAUGGAGCUAAAUUUUGUAGACCCACCAAGCACUAAAGGAGGGUAUGUGAAAGAAGUAGUUACAUACAUGGUGAUGGAUGAUCUGGAGGUGAAACCCAUGUGCACCACCUCAACUUUUACUCUGCUUAACAAGUUUAAUGUCAAGGAAUUGGAAGUUCUUGAGGAGAAAGUGGUCGAUUUGGGCAUGGAUGAGUACUUUCAACAAAAAGUUUUCAAUUUCAACAAAAUAAGCAAAUUCCAAACAGACUCCUAAUAUGGACAAUUUUACUUGAUGGCAUGGUGUCAUGUCACCUAAGUUUGUGCCACAUCAACCCUCAAGGACUAAUCCAACCCUGAAGCAUUAGCUGAUUUUGAAUGGAAGAAGCGCAAGGAGAAGGAGGUGACAAACAACAAAGGGUUCUCUCAAUUCAGAGUUGAGGGACCAUAAGUCGCGUAAUUAGGUUUAUGUGAUGGCUUUGAAAUUGACUGGAAAUUUUACUGGGUUGAGGGUUUAUGAUUCUCAUAGGUGAAUGAGACUUAAGGAUAUGGUGGUUGAACUUUUGAAAGGGACGCCGGUGGUUUGUGGAUUCAACAGGGGUGAUUUGUGUGUGCCUUGGAUUGUUUCAAUGGGUUGGUUUUUGAGGUUUAAGAGGUUGGGUAAGCUUGACUGUUCAUGGCGAUGAAUGUGUAGGAAGACAAUAAUUACUACGGGUGUCCAUGUCUUAUUAUCUUUCAUUUUUAUGUGGAUGUGAGAUACAUAAAAU